UGCACCGCCAUGUACAGUCCAAUACAGCACCGCCAGCAGUUUUAGUCCAACAGUUUCGGGACUCGAGUUAGUAAACAUGACAAGUGACAAUGUAAAAAUGAAAGAGAGCACAUCUGGUCCUAUAUUAUGCCCUUCGCUCGUGCACUAGCGCCAUGAGUAGCGCACUUGAUGACUCAAAGACAACAGACGCAAGUAUGGACCACGAACUUUACACUGUACAGAGUCCCUCUGAUGACAUCAAGGAUGGCCCAGAUCAUGCAGAAUUCAUUUAUAAAAUGUCAAAUGAAGAAUUCGUUAGAUUCGUGAAGUUGCGCGUGACCAAUGACUCACUUUUCACUGGAAAGAGAAAUUCUUCAACUCUGGCUUAUAGGGCCAUCUUGAAAGAGCUGGGUCUGCAGAGGGAAAUUUCUGCCAGCCAGGCCAGGAGGAAAUGGGAAAACCUUAAGAUGAAGUAUAAGGAAAUGAAGAAUCCCCCACCUGGCGUCUCGGUGAACCCCACUAACUGGCCGUGGUUCUCCCUCAUGGACGACGCCAUGGAGGGUAGACUCGUGGGAAGUGAAGUCACUCUAGACACUUCUACAGUGGGCGACGACAGCGAGUAUCGGCCGAACAACACCUCGCGCAAGAGGAGCAAGAGAGCGCGUGAGCCAGACAGAAGCGAGAUCGAGCUGUUCGUCGAAGAGGAUGAUAUGAUGUCUGAAGAGAUGGGGCGAGACAGGGUCGAGCUGGACAGAGACAGGGACGAGAUGGAGCAGGAGAGGGCCAUCCUAGAGAGCGACAAAGCCGCUAUUGAAUAUGAGAGGAUGGUCCUGGAGCGGGAAAAGAUGGUUUUAGAUCGAGAAAGAGCAGGAGUGGAAAGAGAACUCGCAGCAUUGGACCGAGACAGGGCCUCUCUGGAGAGAGAAAAGGCCGCUGUGGAGAGAGACAGGGCUUCUGUGGAGUACAUCCGAGCUCAGCUGGAAAAAGAAAGAGCGAUUCUCGACAGAGAAAGGGCAAAGCUUGAACGAGAGCGUGCCAUACUAGAGCAGCAGCGUGGGAUGGAAAAAGAGGAGCAGACAGCUAAUUUGAAUGAUAAUACAGAAGGAACUGAUACCUCGAUUCCUUUAGUGAUGGAACCAGCUUCCUUAGAGAGGAGGCAGAAAUUCCUCAACCUGUUUGAAAAGCUCAUUGAGAACUUCUAAAAUGGAACUGAAUGUUCUGAAUGCGAACCAUUAUGUAUAUGUUAUUAUUUUUGUACACCUUCUGUUUGAAGUAAAACCUUUUUCUGUUGCCAGAAGUGGAUUGUGCUGUCUUACAGUGAUUGGUUUUGUAAUGUUAAUAGCUAUGCUUGUUUAAGAGAGCGAUAAGUGUUGCUUUCAUGCCUUUGAAGCGAACAAUGAAAAUGUUAAGGCACCUCUGUUUUGUAGAGGUCAUCAGAAAA